ACUGGAGAGAGAAAGAGAAGAAGAUGUGAGAGAGGAGAGAGAAAGAUGGGUCGUCUCGUCUCUUCUAUUAUUCCUUUUUAGGGGGGUUUUGCACUUUCUGUGUUCUUCCCCAAAAGCCCAAAAAGCCCAAAUCCUGCAACAAAGGACCGACCCAUCUCUCGUCUCUCAUCUUCUCCCUCACUUUCUCUCUCCAUCCACUCCGUCGACGAUGAGGAUCAGAAAGCGAUGGCCAGCACCACCGUCUCCUCAUCCUCCACCGCUCUGGUCAUCGUCGUUGUCCCCUCCUCAACUUACACCAGUAGCACCAGAUCUCACCUCUUCCACGCCCCAAUCACCGCCACCUUCUCUUGUACCAUCUUCAGAACCAAAACGGUCAUUGCACCCCCACUCCGAUCUUCCCCUUGCAGAAGACAACCACCACCACCUCCGUCCACCUUCCGAUUCAGCACCCAGCCCACCCCUCCGUCGACCCAAGCUGGAGGAUCGACAACGCUCCGAUCUGCAGCUCACCAUGACUAAAGGAACCGACGGCUGGAUUUUCUCAAACACCGAGAUAGAUGAAUCCCACCAUUCAUCUCAUCAGCUCGAUUGCAUGCACAGCAGUCCUACUUCUACCCAGGACUCCCAAGCCGGAGAAGAAGAAGUUGCCGACGACAAGAGAUUUGCUGCUGCGACUAAUCGGAGAAACGAGAGCAACCCGGGUGCAGGAACAUCUUCUGGAGUUGGGAUCUCAGUAUCGUUGUCAUCUUCUUUUACAGGGAGAUGGGUUGAAGGAGAGAGAGCGUUUCCGUUGAAGAAGAGAAGAGGGAGCUUCGAGAGGAAGGUGAGUGAUGACGCGAUAGUGGAGAAAGAGAAGAGAAUGAAGAGUAGAGUGAAAACAAAGGCAGCGAAUAAAUGGGUCCAUGAAGAAGAAGAGGAAGACGAUGAUGGUGAUGGUGAUGAUAAACGAGAAGAGGAAGAAGAAGGUAUCGGUGAUGAUGGAGAGCAGCAAAGACAAAGAGAAGAUGUUGUGAGACUGAUCAAUGGUACGAGUGGAAAGAAGAGAGGGGGCGGCGGAGUGGUGAUGGAGGGUUCGAGGUGCAGUCGUGUAAAUGGGAGAGGAUGGAGAUGUUGCCAACAGACGCUUGUGGGUUACUCUCUAUGCGAGCACCACUUGGGUAAGGGAAGGCUGAGAAGCAUGAGCAGCGUUCGCAAUCAGGCUUCCGCCAUGGGUAGAGCUAGACCCAAGAAGGAAAAAGAACAGCGUGGGUUAUCGUCGUCGAUGUCGCAGCAGCAACAGCAGCAGCUGAAUAGCUUCAAAGAGGAGAUGGAGGUAGAAGACGAAGAAGAAGAAGAAGAAGAAGAAGAAGAAGAAGAGGAGAAGCCACUGACAAUCAGAAAGAAGAGAAAGAAGAUUGGUAUGGUGAAGGCUCGAUCUAUCAGCAGUCUGCUUGGCCAAACGCAAUAUGCACCAGCGAUAAUUCUACAGCCAUCUACUCCUAGCGAUCCUCAUCCUAGUAUUAGUAGCAACGUCAUGGCAUGAAACCAACUGGGUGAUUACGAUGUUCGUCUCUAAAUUAGAUUCACGGUCAUCUGGGUCUCAAAUGAUGAUUUCAACUCUAGAAAACCCGACUCAACAGGCAACAAAAGAGAAGAUCGCAGUCAGCAACAUAUAGUUUUUAUCGUAAAUUUCUGAGAAAAAAAAUCGCCUUGAAGGAUUCGUCUGAUCGUCUCUUUUUAUUUAUUCUCUCCUCAUCUAAAAUACUUUUUAUGUGAUACGGAUUCUUUUUUUUUUAGAAUAUGUGAUACGGAUUCUGAAUC